UUCGUGGUGUUGUGAUAACAUUAGUGUUAGUGGUAGACCAGCGUGAGGAAGACGACAGUGGAUGAUGGCCAGUAGGAGGCGUACACCACACACACUGACCCACACCUACCUGGGUCAACCUGAUGUUGCAGUACUAGCAAGAGAGAAGUCUGAAGGACACAGCACCCGUGAGAUGGUAUCAGCCAUAGUGAGGUCAGCCUGGGGGUCAGCUCAAGAGUGGACGGUGGCCUGGAAGUGUGGUGUGUCACAGCUGAAGAUUGUGGUGGGGGAGCUGGUGGGUGCAGGCCAAGACGACGAACUGGGUCAACAUGUGCAUGCAGCCGCACAACAGCUGCAUCGGGCUGUUAGUAAGAUGCGAGUGUGUGUACGAACCCUGGAGGACCUCCUUCAGCAGCUGCAGAAGGUGCAGGACAGUGAUGAACCACUCUUCUCUACCCUCACCAUCCACCACAUGGAUUUCUCUAAAACAACGUUGUUCAUCUGA